UGACUGUGACUGUGCUCCGAUGAUGAUGGAGACUUUUUGCGGAGGAGCUUAUCUGAGCUGCGCCGAUGGGCUGAAACUUGAAGACGCGAAAAGAGGAAUUAGUAAAUGAACGAAGCAGGAUGUGGUCACUGACUAACAUCUGAUGUGGAACAACAAAGACUUCCUGACUGAACUGAGCAGCUGCUUUUUUUUUUGGCUAGCGUUAGCUAAAACAGAUUCCAGGUUACUUUCCUUAAAACAAGUGGCGAUUUUACGUUAAAAAAAAUUGGUAGAGUCGUUUACAAUGCUUGGAGUUGCUAUAGAACGGUCAUUAUUUAAAUGUGCUAACUAGUUCGCUAGCAGGUCACUCCACGUUAGCGGGGUGGCUUGGUUCCCGUUAGCAAGCUAUUGUGACCGUGCUAACAAGUUCUACUGAAAUGCUUGGAAUGUUAUAGCAGAUGUUUUAGCGAAAAUUUACAAGGUAAUGAUAAUGAAAGUUCGACUGUCAUAAUAAAAACACUGGCCUUUAUUACUCGGUGCUACGAUGUUAGCCUUCCUAACGUGAGCUAGCUCGCUAAGUUGGUUAUGUAGAAAUAGAUCAGCGGUGUUGCAGUUUUCCAUCCUGGAUACAGAUCUAUUUAUGAGGCGGACUCCGUUGCCUGCUACUUUCAAGCAUCCUUGCUUGUUUGUGUGCUGAGCUGAUCGCAUUGCCCGUGACUGGCCAUGGCAGCAGUGGUGAGCUUUUCUCCACCAUGGUGGGUGAACCUGCUGCACAGACUUCCCCAUUUCGACUUCAAGUUCGAGCAAACAAGCAGCGAUUUCCGACCAGAGGACUGGACUUACCAGCAGUCCAUCCUGUUACUGGGAGGAGUAGCUCUUGCCUGUCUGGUGCUGGACCUUCUGUUCCUGCUCGUGUACUCCUGUUGCCUGUGCUGCCGGCGGAACAAAAGUGAGGAUCAGCCAAACGCUGAUUGCUGCUGCACAGCUUGGUGUGUCAUCGUUGCGACACUUGUAUGUAGUGCUGGCAUUGCUGUCGGUUUCUAUGGGAACGGAGAGACUUGUGAUGGAGUGAAUCAACUGACGUAUUCUCUUCGCCACGCUAACCGCACAAUCACUGGAGUGCAGAAGCUGGUAUACAACAGUACAUCAUCACUGAACCAGACAGUUGACGACAAUCUGCAGCAGCUUGAGGCCCAGUAUGCUCAGCACACAGACUACCUGUCCAUCAUUCAAAAGAUGCAGGGCCAGCUGGAUGAGCUGGUCAGACAGAUGGGGGAGAUUCCUUUCUGGGACAGCGCCAGCAUCUCCCUGGAGGACCUGGCUGUCACUGUUGAGCUCUAUGACUGGUACAGGUGGCUGAGCUACAUAGGGGUGCUCCUGUUCGAUGUCCUUGUCUGCCUUUUAGUGCUGUUUGGUCUCAUUCGAAAUUCAAAGGGAACGCUUGUAGUAGUGUGCCUGUUUGGGGUCGUGGCUCUGAUAAUCAGCUGGGCCUCCCUGGGGCUGGAGGUGGCCGUCUCUGCAACCUCCAGUGACUUCUGUGUCUCUCCUGACGUAUAUGUCACCAAAGUGGCAGAUCAGUAUGGAGUCCUCAAUCAAGAUAUCCUGCAGUACUACCUUACUUGCAGUUUGGAACAAAGUAACCCCUUCCAGCAGAAGCUUUCUGGGAGCCACAAAGCAUUAGUGGAGAUGCAGGAUGAUGUGUCUGAACUGCUGCGCUCUGCCACCAGAGAGUACACACAGACGAAGGGGAAUUUGGAACAGAUCCAGGGGGUGCUGAACAUAACAGAGGUCAGCCUACAUCAGCUCACUGCCUUGGUGGACUGCCGCAGCCUGCACAUGGACUAUGUCCAGGCACUGACGGGACUGUGUUAUGACGGAGUGGAAGGCGUCAUCUACCUGGUCUUCUUCUCCUUUGUCACUGCUCUCAUGUUCAGCUCAAUAGUGUGCAGUGUGCCCCACACCUGGCACAUCAAGAAGAGUGAGGAGGAAAGUGAGGAUGAGUCUCUGAGUCAUGGAGGAAGACAAAACCAUGAUAACCUCUACCGGGUCCACAUGCCCAGUCUGUACAGCUGUGGCAGCAGCUAUGGCAGCGAGACCAGCAUCCCCGCUGCCGCGCACACCGUCAGCAACGCGCCCGUCACAGAGUACAUGGCUCAGAACGCCAACUUUCAGAACUCCCGCUGUGAAAACACACCUCUGAUUGGACGAGAGUCUCCUCCCCCCUCUGUAAGGUCGAACAUUUAGAGGAACAAUGGCUGAUACGAGAACCUCUG